CAAACCUCAGGACACUGACUCACUGAGCUAAGGGGGAAGAGCUGGAUCACCAUGAAAUAUGUCUUCUAUUUGGGUGUCCUCGCUGGGACAUUUUUCUUUGCUGACUCAUCUGUUCAGAAAGAAGACCCUGCCCCCUAUUUGGUGUACCUCAAGUCUCACUUCAACCCCUGUGUGGGCGUCCUCAUCAAACCCAGCUGGGUGCUGGCCCCAGCUCACUGCUAUUUACCAAAUCUGAAAGUGAUGCUGGGAAAUUUCAAGAGCAGAGUCAGAGAUGGUACUGAACAGACAAUUAACCCCAUUCAGAUCGUCCGCUACUGGAACUACAGUCAUAGCGCCCCGCAGGAUGACCUCAUGCUCAUCAAGCUGGCUAAGCCUGCCACGCUCAAUCCCAAAGUCCAGCCCCUUGCCCUCGCCACCACCAAUGUCCGGCCAGGCACUGUCUGUCUACUCUCAGGUUUGGACUGGAGCCAAGAAAACAGUGGCCGACACCCUGACUUGCGGCAGAACCUGGAGGCCCCCCUGAUGUCUGAUCGAGAAUGCCAAAAAACAGAACAAGGAAAAAGCCACAGGAAUUCCUUAUGUGUGAAAUUUGUGAAAGUAUUCAGCCGAAUUUUUGGGGAGGUGGCCAUUGCUACUGUCAUCUGCAAAGACAAGCUCCAGGGAAUCGAGGUGGGGCACUUCAUGGGAGGGGACGUCGGCAUCUACACCAACGUUUACAACUAUGUAUCCUGGAUUGAGAACACUGCUAAGGACAAGUGAGACCCUACUUCUCCCUCUGCAUUCCACUGGCUCUGCCAUGGACUAUACAAGCAGAUAAUUUUCCCUCUAUUCAAAAUAAAAUCUCCAAAUGAAAAUUUGGGAAUGUAGCAUACUAGUA